UUUCAUAUAAACAAAAAUGAAAUCUGGAAACAAAGAACAUACUGUGAACAUCAAAGAACGGACCCUUCACACAUGUUGUUACACCUAUCCAAGAUUAAAACUUGACUAACUAAACUAAAAAAAAACUAGAUAUUUACACAUAUGGACAAAUCUCACUUCUUGUAACUAAAAAAGAAAUACAUAUGACCCCGCCUUAGACUGCAGAAGUUACUACUACUUAAUAGGGUCUAAGAUGUAGGAAGUAGGGAAAGAUGGAGAAUCUCUACCCAACAAAGUCUGCUUGACUUGAAAAUUCAACAGACUAAUUCACAAGAGUAAGUCUUUUAUAUCUUUUCCUUCAUUUCAUUUCAUUUCAUUUCAGCCAAAUAUGUCUCUAUCGUUUCAAUAUAAAUUGGUAUUUUGAUUCUCAGUGAUGGUACUUUAUGUACCGUAACUUAAGCCUAAGUCCUUGCACGAGAAGACUUAUGAAAAGACUUGAAAGAAGACAAGGACAAAAUAAAUUAAUAAAAAAAAGAGUAGUCGUGGACCAAGACACAAGUCAACCACAGGUCUUUGUAAGACUUAAAGCUAGUUUGAAAGCAUCCAUCUUCUUAUGUAUCUGUACCUUCAACAAGUACACGUUUCUACAUAUUAUAUAUUUAUACAUUUACCUUGAAGCUUCCUUUCUAAGCUAUGAAUGAUGCAGAGACAAACUUGGGGAGGAGGUUCAGCGAUGAUACUUACUCAGGUUUCGACCUUCCGGAUUUGUACUUGUCAGAUGAAUGGAUGGACGAUGAUCUUGUGUCUGCGGUUUCAGGGAUGAAUCAUUCUUAUGGUUAUCAGACCAGUGAUAGUGCUCAUGCUGCUGCCUUCUUCUCUGGUUCCUCUAGGGGUUUCGGUCAUCCCGAAUCUCCAUGUGCCAACGCUUCUGUUGCCGCUGCUACAGCCACCGCUUCUGCCGAAAAACAGAUUAAGAAGGAAAAGAAGAAAGUAAAAGAGAGAAUUGCAUUCAAGACACAGUCUGAAGUAGAAGUGCUUGACGACGGGUUCAAGUGGAGAAAGUAUGGGAAAAAGAUGGUGAAGAACAGCCCAAAUCCAAGAAACUACUACAAGUGUUCAGCUGAUGGCUGUCCCGUGAAGAAAAGGGUUGAACGAGAUGGAGAUGAUCCGAGCUUUGUGAUAACAACUUAUGAGGGCUUCCACAAUCACUCAAGCAAGAACUAAGAUUCUUAAGAAUUUUCUCAGCUUAUGGUUACGACGGCAAGAAUACAUAGUCUGAGUAAAGAUGAUGAAACCAAUACUAUUCACGUUUAUAUUUCUUAUGAAUCUGUUCUAGAGACUGAUUUUCAAUGGUUAUUCUACUUAUACUGCUUCUCUUAUACUCAAUGUAAACUGAUUGACAAAUUUUGAAAAAAAAUAGGAUAUUCUGAGUC